CAGAGGGAGAUAUACUACCAUACCACAGCAGAGGGAGAUAUACUACCAUACCAUGGCAGAGGGAGAUACACUACCAUACCACAGCAGAGGGAGAUAUACUACCAUACCAUGGCAGAGGGAGAUGUACCAUACCAUGGCAGAGGGAGAUGUACCAUACCACGGCAGAGGGAGAUACACUACCAUACCAUGGCAGAGGGAGAUGUACCAUACCACGGCAGAGGGAGAUAUACUACCAUACCACGGCAGAGGGAGAUACACUACCAUACUACAGCAGAGGGAGAUAUACUACCAUACCACAGCAGAGGGAGAUAUACUACCAUACCACGGCAGAGGGAGAUACACUACCAUACCACAGCAGAGGGAGAUACACUACCAUACCACAGCAGAGGGAGAUACACUACCAUACCACUUGUCUCUAGCAAUACUCAGUUGAUAGAGGUGUUGAAAGUAACUACUAGUCAGGUGUUUGGCCUUACCACUCCACAGCUCAUGCAGGAGCCUACAGUUGAAGUACCACUAUUCUACAUUACUGUACAUUCCACUGCAACGGGCCAGUAAGAGGAAGGACAUACGUAACACUCACUGAAUGACAGGCAGUACAAACUGUGUGAGGAGAGGGACAGUCAGUUGGUAGCUGGGAUGCUGCUCUGGGCUGGCCGGCAGUGGCUGUAGAAUGUCAGUCACAGGUAUUCAAACAAUCUUUUUUCAAUAUACACCGGGAGACUCUUGUAUCGACAGCCUCAUAUGCAACAUACGUACAAGUACUCAAGCAUGAACAUACGUAUGUACAACUACACAAGACGUAUGUAUGUAUGUAUGUAUGUAUGUAUGUAC